GGUAUAUUGUGACGGGUAAACCACUUUACUCCUGAGACAAAAAAGCACCGACAAACUAUCCAGUAUCCACUCCCGCAGCCUCCGAAAAUGUCAGCGGAAUCACCAAUCCGGUUCGGAAUUCUGGGCUGCGCCGAAAUAGCCCGAAAGAUAUCACGUGCCAUCACUCUCGCCCCCAACGCCACUCUUUACGCCGUCGGAAGUCGUUCCAUUGAUAAGGCCACCGCGUUCGCCAGGGCCAACAACUUCCCUCCCAACGCCAGAAUCUACGGCUCCUACGACGCCCUUUUGGACGACCCUGACGUCGACGCCGUCUAUGUCCCCCUCCCUACCAGCCUGCACAUCCAGUGGGCCGUCGUCGCGGCCCAGAAGAAGAAGCACAUCUUGCUUGAGAAGCCCGUCGCGCUGAACGUGGCGGAGUUUGACAGAAUCGUUGAGGCCUGUGAAUCCAAUGGGGUGCAGCUCAUGGAUGGUACCAUGUGGAUGCAUCAUCCCAGGACUGCCAAGAUGUGUGAGUUUCUCUCUGAUGCCAACCGUUUUGGUCAGCUCAAAACGAUACACACCUGCUUUACAUUUGCUGCUGAUCCUGAUUUCCUGAAGAAUGAUAUUCGCGUGAAGCCAGACCUUGAUGCUCAUGGUGCACUUGGGGAUGCAGGGUGGUACUGCAUCAGGGCAAUCCUGUGGGCUAAUAACUAUGAACUGCCAAAGACAGUAGUUGCCUUGCGUGGCCCUAUAUUGAAUGAAGCUGGGGUGAUUUUAUCUUGUGGAGCUUCUCUACACUGGGAAGAUGGGAAAGUGGGAACCUUCCACUGCUCUUUCUUGUCAAGUUUGACAAUGGAUAUAACUGCUAUUGGUACAAAGGGAACAUUACAUGCCAGUGGUUUUAUUAUCCCUCAUCGAGAGAAAGAGGCUUCUUUCUCUGUAGCUUCUGAAACUGGAUUUGAUGAAUUUGUGACCAGUUGGGUACCACCGCCAAGUGAUCACAUUGUUACCACAGAUCUUCCACAGGAGGCUCUUAUGGUAACAGAGUUUUCUAGCUUGGUAGGGAUUGUUAAAAGUGGUUCUACACCUGAGAAGAAAUGGCCAAUCCUUAGCAGGAAGACACAGCUAGUACUUGAUGCUGUCAAGGCAUCAAUUAAAAAGGGUUUUGACCCUAUACCUAUUGAAUAUUAACCGAGGUGUAUCUUAUCUGUGUCUUCGUCUUCUUUUUUUGCUUGAGGUGUUGUUGCAGCCAAUAAUAAGAUGCCUAUCCGUUUUUAUGCUUGGUUUGUUAGGUUUAUGGCCUCUACCCUCACUCCGGCUCAGGGCCUAGCGAAGCCAUAUUGUGCGAUUUGGUUCAUGCUUAGUUUGUCAGGUUUAUGGCAUCUAUCCUCAUGUCGGCUCGGGCCUGGUGAAGCCCAUAAUAUGCAAUUAUGUAUAAAUGUAUGCAUGCUUGAAUAAAAUUAGUUGUAAAAAUCUCUAUUGAAAGAGACAUGGAACUCCUAUUUGACUCGGUAUGUGAGCUUUGUUUGUUUUUUGCUGAUGUAUUAUUAAUCACUACAUGUAGGUUUUUUACAUGUAUUGGAAAGAUGAUUCUAUGAUGUUUCAGUUUGCCCUUUU